GUGGUCAUGAACAUAAUACUCUCAACCACCUCCUCUUCAAAAACGGAAAAAACACAGACACGCAGUCGCUUCCAUUUCCACUCUCUGAUUAGUGCACAGAGAGAGAGCUUAUCAGAAUAUACAGAGGUGUGAGAAAGCACGGCCAUGGCAAUGGCAAUGGCGAUGGCAGCUCGUCAAGCGAUGAGAUCUCAUAUCACCAACACUCUUAGGCCCAAUGGCUCCGCUCAGGCUCCCGUUCUUUUGCAUAGGCGUGGCAUGGCAGGAGAUCAUCAUGGGCCUCCAAAGGUUAAUUUCUGGGAAGAUCCAUUGAGUCCCUCUAAGUGGAAAGAAGAGCAUUUUGUUAUUGUGUCGUUGAGUGGAUGGGGUUUGCUCUUCUAUGGGGGUUACAAGUUUUUCACUGGAGGCAAGAAAGGCAAACAGGAAGAGUGGAGAUCGACUUCUGUCCCUGAUGUGGCGUAACUGCGGGACAAUGGGUCACCGCCACCUUCAAUUGACGAGAUCAUAAUGGAUGGCCUGACUCAGCACCUCAUGCCAUACUCAAAACGAAAAGUUGCUGAAAGUGUGCAUUAGAGACCUCUGUGCCCGAUCGGCAUCCUUCAUUGGAGGCUAAGAAAUAAAGGGCGCCUGCUCUGGCAGUCUGGAAGAUGAGGUUUUGUUAUUUGGACAGUUGCAGUUUUGGAAGGUUUUCAAGGAUCACUGCUUGUUUUACCUCGUGUGAAUCUGUUAUAGUUUUGAGCUUUUUGUUUGUGCCUCUGUUGAAAUUUAGCACAUCAAUAGCCAAACUGAAAUUUUCUAUCCCAUGAUGUUUGAAUGGUAUAGGCAAUUCCAUCGCACUUGAAAAAGAAAUAAACCGACUUCCGCACAGGGAAAAGUGUUCUCUCUCUCAUACGCACUUUUCUGCGGGAGCUUCAUUUCUUUAAA